CAAAAGGGCAGAUGCGGCCAGCAUCGCGUCGAUUCUCUGCUUCACUUCACUUCACAUCCACCUCAUCUCUCGACCCAACGAUCCUAGACCACCCUCCUUGUCCUUGUCCUCCUUAUUGACCCCGCGGUCCGCGAUGACCCCGUCCUACUCAGCACACAUUACCCGGUGACACUUCGAUCCGAGUGCGCUCGCGCAGCGACGACCAACAUGGCAACCCCGCCCCGCAAGAUGAUCGAGGACGAGGAGGAGUUUCUCAGCGAUGUUGCUGCUUUUCACGAGAAGCGAGGGUGUGUAGAUGCCUGCGCGGGCACAAACAGUCCAUCAUGCUGACGGCGCGCGUCUGUGCGACAGGACCCCCUUCGAUCGCGAGGGCAAAGUUAGUGGCCGGCCCAUCUCCUUGCACAAGCUGUACAAAUUGGUCAUGGACAAAGGCGGAUAUGAUGCUUUGUCGGCAGAACGAAUGCAAUGGAGGACCCUUGUCAAGGAGUUUGGCUUUGGCAAAACCCAUGAGGCCGUCAUGACAUUUCAACUCAAAACGGUAUAUUACAAGAAUCUUGCCGCGUACGAGAUUUCUACCUACUGGGGAGAAGAGCCGCCGCCACGAGAAAUCCUCGAAGAUCUCAGUGCUAAAGGAGGUGAUCUGCGAACUCGGACCCUAGAAAAUUACCCCGUGCCUCACCGUCCUGCAAUCGAGAUGGCAAUGCCGGACGGAGGAGCAGAGUCAGAAGCAGACUCCAGCGAAGACGAGAUUCAGGUCACGCCCAAGCGCGAAAAGACUGAACCAGAAGAGCAAGGAAGCGCAAGCAGGUAUCCCACUCGCCAACUGAGACAAGACCCCAAACGCACCCAACUGUUCCAGCCAGAUACUGCACCUACACGCGGUCGUACUGUCCGCGCGACCGAUUCUCCCUCCGCUCCGCCCCCCUUACAACAGCCUUACUCAAACACCUCAAAUGAUCCUCGCAACCCUAGUUUUGACUGGUUCGAUAAAUACGAGCCACGACAACCCGUCGCUUUGACCCUUCGACAAGUUCACACUCCUGGGAAUGACCCUCUGUAUUACGCUCGCAAAGCGCAUGCCAAAGCCGUGAACACGCCACGAGUCCCGCCUGAACCACAACAAUUCCUCAAGUCAUCCAUUCCAACGGGUAUGAAUGGCCCAAAUAUCUACCUGAGGUGCCUCUAUGGCCUGCGAUCGGGUGUCCAAGAAGAGCAGGACUUUGCCUUACACCAUUUGGUGAAAGUAUCAUAUGAGCGGGGCGACAAGUACAAAUUCGAAGGAUUUCCCUUCCUUGCCGAGUCUCUGCUCGAAAAAGCCCUGGAGAUCACACAACUUAUCUGUGGCAUCACAUGGGAGGUCAGCUACGAGGAGGAUGACGAAGGCCAAUCACUCAACACUCUGAAUGCGGCCCUCGGGACAUCAAACUUGCUCGCGCGUAUUCAAGCUAUCACCCCCAAGGUCGUGGAUAAGGAUUUGGAAUCUGCCGAAUUCUCAGAGAGAUUGGAGAAGUUAAAAGAAGCCGUCCUCGUCCUCCGCAAUAUGGUGAUUCUCGAAGAGAAUGCUGUUUUCCUCUCGAAAUUUCCCUUGUUCAAGGACUUCCUCACAAUUGCCCUCUCACUCCCACACCAACCCAGAAUUGUCGAGUACAAACAGUCCGCUCUCGAAGUUACUGAACAAGUCACCAGGUACUGGGAAAUGAAGCCCCAAGAUCCGCUGUACAUGUCGCUCCUUCCAUACCUCGAGUCCGAUGACCGCAGUAUGAUAAUUUCAGCUUUACGGUCGAUCAACCGAAUCGGACUCGAAAUGGCUGAUGCACACCGUCUCACCGACGUACCUCUGUCGACAGUGGAGCGAUUGUUUUCAUUCACCCUUCUCGACGACAACGAGCUCCUGGAAAAUUCGCUCGAUUUCCUCUACGAAUACACAGCUAUCCCGGAGAAUAACACAGAACUGCUCUCGAACGCAUUCCAUCUUCUACCAAACAUCAUUUCUCGCCUCACGAGUCUUCUGCUUUACCAGUCAAUCACCCACGAGGAAAACGUUGUGGCGAAACCAACGCCUAGAAUGGCAUCGAUUCCCGCCCCAAUCCCUAUCAUCCCCCCUGAAGUGCAUGCACAUCUCUUACAAUUUGUCGAGCCCGAACGUUCAUCCAGAUGGCUUCGGUGUUGCUUUGAGGAGUGUCCGACUGAAGACAUCACUCAAAUCGCCAUUUGGCAGGCAUACCAGGGCAAAUUCGCACAGAAUAAUCCCGUCCCCGCGGCUGACUUCAUCAAGAAUGUAUCAAACACAUUCGUCUCAGCCCAGGCUCAAGUGAUUAAUGGUCCAACACCAAGAUUCAUCAUCAAGGGGAUUAAACCACGGAGGAUUCUCGUCGAUCUCCAAGGCCGACCUCUGUUCAAAUGUCUGUGGGAUAUGUCUCGUCCUGAUAUGCAGGACCAGAGCGGCCGGGUCCACCCGCGAAAUCUAUGUCCUGUCUGGCAUACAAGACGUGAAACUCUAUGGAAUCAUAUUAUGACAGACCAUCUGAGAAUUGAGAAGAAGCCCGAAGGGCGCUUCGUGCCAAAAGACGGUCAGGGGUGGAUAUGUCGCUGGACACAUUGCGGACGCAAAUCUGCGAUAACGAAGAGCAGCGAGAUCGGGCCUCACAUGCGUAUGCACAUUCCCCAGGCGGCCAGUGAACAGUCCAAACUCAUCCACGAGUUGGCGCAAGACAUCAAAGAUCCAGACCCUGUCCAGAUGAAGCACGAAUGGCACUACACAGCAAUGGAUCAAACCAACCAUCCCUGCGGCAUACCCUGGAUGAGUGUUAUGAUUCUCCGGAAUUUGGCGCGGUAUGCCAACAAGCAUGGCCAGCCCUUUGAGAAAGACGGAGUUAGGCUGAACGAGAGGUUAUUCGGAGCUCAUAAGUAUGCACUCUUUCAUGUGUUGAGCGUGAGCCGGACAUUGCGGGAUUAUGUCAAUGACCUUCUGAGAAUGAUCGAGGAGGGUCAAAAAGAUGAGAAGAGGGGCUUGAAGAGGGAGCGCGACGUUGAGAAUGAACAUGGAGAGUAGAGACUGAGAAGAUGGUGUCAACUUAUCCAGGUAUGGCUCGACUACCGGGUGAUGUGGCGGACACAUGGUCUUGGAGAAAGGCUGGUAUGGGAAGGUCAUACCGUUUCUCUUGUGCAUUUCCUAUCGCGGUGACAACUAUUUGGCGCGAGCUGGCGGGCAUGAAGGUUCACUCGGAUGCGGUCUUGGGUCAUUCGGUCGGCGCGGAUCGCUGGAUGCCCUUGAGGGUGGCAUUGCAACUACCGGGGCUUUUCUAAAGACUUUUUACACAGUUCGAGCUGGAUGAUGGCAUUCAGGCUGGAAGUGUUACAUCCCACGGCCGGCUUGAGAGCAUGGCCUACUUCUUACGGAAGACGAAGGUUGGCUUGGAGACAGAGCGGGCAAGGAAAAGCAAACAAAAACACAAACAGGAAAGAUCUUGACGAACGGCGACGAGCGGUGACGAGACAAGAUAGGAUGGGCAAGUUUCAAGAAUUGGCAUUUCCCCUUCUAUUUCGAAAUGCUAAAGUGCCUACUCUUUUUCUGGAAUGAUGAAAUCCAUUUUCCUCCUCUAUCAAACCCUAUGCCCGGGUCGUAUGGCUUG